AUGGACAAGCAAAGCGUCCAAGGCGUUCCCGCAUCCACCGCCGCUCGCCCCGUUGAAGAGGCGACACUCGCCAAUAACGAGCCCAAGGCAGACAACUCCCGUCGUGCAGUUGGAAUUUUCUGUGAUCAGGUGCUCUCCACGACACGCGAAAUGCACGAUGCGCUCGAGAUUUCCAAUGAGAAAUUGCGCUUGCUGAUGCGGGAGGUGCAAGAACUACAGGAAAAAACGGGUUCAUAA